GCAGGCGCGGGCCCCGAGGCAGCGGCUGCGCCCUGCGCCGGGGAGGAGCCGGGGGCGGGCAGCCGGCAGGAGGGGGCUGGGGCCCGAGGCGGGGAGUGCCGGAGCGCCCGCGGCAACGACGGCAGUGGCGGCAGAGCAGGCUCCGUGAGUGGGUCCGCGGCGGCUCGGGGUUCACCCACGGGCUGUGGUGUGAGCGGGCGGCCGGGCUCCCUUCCUCCCCCGCCCGCUGCCGCCGCCGCCGCCGCCGCCGCUGUGAUUGGGUGGAAGAUGGCGCUGGGCGGAUGGAAAUCCUAAUGACAGUCUCCAAAUUCGCCUCCAUCUGUACCAUGGGCGCCAAUGCCUCGGCAUUAGAGAAAGAGAUUGGUCCUGAACAGUUUCCAGUCAAUGAGCACUAUUUUGGAUUAGUCAAUUUUGGGAAUACCUGCUACUGCAAUUCAGUUCUUCAAGCACUUUAUUUUUGUCGUCCAUUUCGGGAAAAAGUUCUAGCAUACAAGAGUCAACCUAGGAAGAAGGAGAACCUCCUUACAUGCUUAGCAGAUCUGUUUCAUAGCAUAGCCACUCAGAAGAAAAAGGUUGGAGUAAUACCUCCCAAGAAGUUCAUAACAAGAUUACGGAAAGAAAAUGACUGUCGGUUCCAUGAUGGAGGCAACCCAUUUGUUUUUGCUCACCAUUAUACAAUAAUCCAGCAUAUAAUUCAGUUCCUGGCACAUAAGCUUUUUGACAACUACAUGCAGCAAGAUGCCCAUGAAUUCUUAAAUUACCUACUAAAUACAAUUGCUGAUAUUUUACAAGAAGAGCGAAAGCAGGAAAAACAAAAUGGCCGCUUACCUAAUGGUAACAUUGACAGUGAGAAUAACAACAGCACACCAGACCCAACUUGGGUUCAUGAGAUUUUUCAGGGAACAUUAACUAAUGAAACCAGAUGUCUUACUUGUGAAACU